AUGACUUCCCUAGUAACCAAGUUAUUCUUCGUUCUGUUUCUCUUGUUCUCUAUCAUAUGUCUCUCUUCUUGUAUUCCUAGCGAUGACCUUGACAGGUUCAGGUCUGAUGAAGAAGUCUUGGCACUAUUCCAGCUGUGGCAGAAGGAAUACGGACGAGAGUAUGACGAUCGGAAGAGGGAGGCCAGCAGAUUUGAGAUUUUCAAAGAGAACUUGGAGUACAUCAGAGAGACAAACGCAAGAAGAAAAUCACCCUUAGACUAUAGCUUGGGACUUAACGAAUUUGCAGAUCUGAGCAGGGAGGAGUUCAGUAAAAUUUUCACGCCUGACAUGGGUCCAGUGCCCAAAGACAACAUCAACUUGAACGAUGAGGACGACGAUUCAUGUCCUGAUGCCCAGGCUUCCAUAGAUUGGAGGAAGAUGGGAGCUGUAACAAAGGUGAAGAAUCAAGGUCAUUGUGGAAGUUGCUGGGCAUUUGCUGCCGCAGGAGCCAUUGAAGGAAUAAAUGCAAUAGUCACAGGAAGGCGUAGUGUAAGCGUCUCUGCACAAGAACUCGUAGAUUGUGUUGAAGAGGCAAAAGGUUGUAAUGGAGGAUGGUAUCAUUAUGCAUUUCAAUAUGUUAAAAACAACGAAGGCAUUGCCAAAGAGGCUGAUUAUCUCUAUACUGCUGAAAAUGGCACUUGCAAAGCCUCCGAGAUAAAAAGGAAAGCUGUCACAUUGAGCGGGUACAAAACUGUGACUUAUCAAUCUGAAAAGUCAUUAUAUUGUGCGGUCUCAAGGCAGCCAGUUAGCGUGGCCUUGGAUGCAAGAGAUUUUCAAUUCUACAAAGAAGGAAUCUAUAAUGGAGAAAACUGCACAGGCAAACUUUACACUAGUCAUGCUGUGUUGAUCGUUGGAUACGACACUGUGGCUGAUCGCGAUUACUGGAUAGUGAAGAACUCAUGGGGAGAAAGUUGGGGCAUGAAGGGGUACAUGUUCAUCGAACGAAACACAGGUAGCAAAGAUGGAGUCUGUUUGAUUAACAAGUAUGGUGCUUAUCCAACUAAGGAAGAUGCAGUGAAGCUUGCGUAUUACUACUCUUCUAUUUGAACUAAAUAAGUAUUAGCUAUGAAUGAGCCUGGCUGGCUUCAUGUAGUUGUGUGGGACCUAGUGAGUUUUGCACACUACAUAUAUGUAUGUCUUGGGCAUAAAUAAGUGGCAAAUGAUUUGCCUUUAAAUAAAUAUUAUGAUGUAAGACUUCUAAAUUAAUCAAUGUAAGUUCUGCUUGUGCUUCAAUAUAUAGUUUCUCG